CUAUUAGAGGUGCGCACAGCUCAACCAAUCGGUGCGUGCGUGCUGCUCUGCUCCCCGAUGGUGGAUUAGCCACGAAAGACGACCGCAGACUGCAGCUCUGCAUCGUCCGUCCAGUCACUCCACGUUGCUUCAAGCAGGACCGGAGCGAAAAUGUUCAGGACUGUUCACUACCCGAGCGUGGAGCCCCCACCCACCGCCAUGCACGGUACCUGGUGGCUCGCCCGGCACGGCGCGGCGCCCGCCCACCCGGCCCUAACCCUGGCCGCGGAAAAACCCAAGAAAAACGCGUUCAGCCUCGCUAAAAUCAUGACCCUGGGCGGCAAGAAGGGCCGGCACGGGACCGACGCGCACUACAACAACAACAACAACACGCCCUUCGCCAUCCACUGCCAUAUUGGCAAGGAAAUCAAGCACAUUUGCAGCAACUGCAGCCGCGGGAAUGACACGCAGGACGCCGAGGAGGUCGAGAGGCUGGCCGUGAUGCGAUCCGAGUCCUUCGUCUCCGGCGCCCACACACCGCCCAUCCGAUGUCGGAGCAGGUUUGCCACGCUAGGACGCCUCCUCAAACCCUGGAAAUGGAGGAAGAAGAAGAGCGACAAGUUCAAGCAGACUUCAGCCGCACUGGAGAGGAAGAUGUCCGUGCGACAGAGUCGAGAUGAGCUCAUCAAGAGGGGAGUGCUAAAGGAGAUCUUUGAGAAAGCAACGGGUGAUUUUCGAUCCCCGAUGGAAGGCGGAGUUUGUGCUCAGGACCCCCCCGUCAAGUCGUCUGUGCUCCUAGCCCCCAAGAAGUCUGUCACAUAUCCAGGUGACCUUCAGGACAACCACGCCAAGCCGCCGCUGUACCACAAACAGCCGCCAGCUCUCCCUCCCAAGCCUUUUGCUCGCAUCCCAAACCAUAGCACAGAUUCUUGCCAGCCAAUGAAGUUGCCCUGCAUGCCUGGGGCAAAGCACUCGCCUCCCCUCCCGCCCAAGAAAGUCAUGAUCUGCAUGCCUCCGGGGGGACUGGACUGCACCACGUCCCCGUCUCCAUCACCCAACCCCCUCAGCGCUCUGUCCCAAAAAUGCGGCCCCACCCAGGUGAUGCCGGGCCACCAUGGCGCCCUGCUGCCCUCGCAGCUAGCCGCGCUGUCCGCUCUCCACCAGAACCACGGCCAUCCUCUGCAACUGCAGUACGGCAGCUUACAUGCGCCCAGCCGCAUCAUCGAGGAGCUUAAUAAAACGCUUGCGCUGUCCAUGCAGAGGUUUGAGAGCUCUUUGUUGCACGUCAACAAUCAGUGCGCUCCUCAGGACAGAAGACAAGUGCCGUCAGUGAUCAUUGACUAUGAAGACGACAAGGAGAACAUGCCCUGCGAGUCCGACUAUGAGGAUCUGCCUAGCAUGUACAAGGAUGAGGAUGACGUCGACGAUGAUGAAGACGACGACUCCAUAUUUACAAGCACGCUGGCUCAGAAAGUGCUCCGCAAAGACUCACUGGCUAUCAAGCUGAGCAAUCGUCCGUCGAAGAGGGAGCUGGAGGAGAAGAACAUUCUGCCAGUGCAGACGGAUGAGGAGCGGCUGGAGUCCAGGCAGCAGAUUGGCACCAAACUCACAAGACGUUUAAGUCAGAGGCCGACGGCAGAGGAGCUGGAGCAGAGGAAUAUCCUCAAACCUCGGAACGAGCAAGAAGAAAUCGAGGAGAAGUGCGAGAUCAAGCGGCGGCUGACUCGAAAGCUGAGCCAGAGGCCCACCGUGGAGGAGCUGAGGCAGGCCAAAAUCCUCAUCCGAUUCAGUGACUAUGUGGAGGUCUCAGACGCCCAGGACUACGACCGGCGGGCAGAUAAACCGUGGACCCGGCUUACCGCAGCUGACAAGGCCACUAUUCGAAAAGAGCUCAACGACUUCAAGAGCACUGAGAUGGAAGUCCAUGAGUCGAGUCGUCAUUUAACCAGGUUUCACCGACCAUAGACCAUUGCUGUGUCAAGCAGUACUGCAGGGGUAGAACCUUAAGUGCUGGACAGUCAAACGGUGCCCAUUUUUGUCAAUAAGGCCAUGUCUUUUCAACAUUUUUUCCCCCUCCUCCAAGGCCACAGACAAAACUGCGUCAGUACUUACACCUGCCAGUUAGCCCACCCGCUGUAGUAGCACAUCAGUUCAGUCACCACCCGCCCCCCGAGGCCGCCCUUUGUUCCAUUUUGUGGAAUUAGCUGAGUGAAUCGUCUCUAUGCUGAGCUCUCAGGCAGGUGCUCAGUUGUGUUUGCCGGCGUCAGACGGUGACGGAACAUUACAGUCACCAGCAGACUUGUCACAAUGCUUCUUCUUAAUGAUGAUGUCGUCCCCCACGGAGCAGCUAUGUAAGAGGAUACACCUUCGCUGGAGGGGAGGGGGGGGGGGGGUUAUCCAUCUUUUAUAGCAUUGGCGGGGAGGAGUGUCAUGUCACAGUGUGCAAUAUAUGAUUUAGUUCCAAGGCUGUUGGGCCCUCUAGAGUUCAAUCCGCAGUUCUGUUCUUCCCAUGUACUGUCCUGUAAUGUACCGAACAAUGUUGUCAUCUAAGUCGCUGACUGUGAAUCCCGGGGAGGAAACUCUCUCCAAAUGUACAUUUUUGUUUAUAUUGAAGAAGUCACGAAACCAAGUUCCUUCACUCAAGUCAGAAUUGUGUACAUUUUAUGUAAAAAAAAAUGCAUCUGACAGAUGUGCGUAUGUUUUAUAUUUCUUUUUUUAUAUUUUUGGGGGGUGGCCGGGCGGGGUUGAGGCCUAAAUGUACAUGUACUUGCUCUUUCGGUGGAAGUAUUUUGGAAUUAUUACCAAGGGCAAAAGUCAUUGUAGUGUAUUUUUUUUUAAAUAUCAGUAUUUAUCCCUCAUAACCUGCAUUUUAUUGUACACUUUUUUUUUACAAGCAAUAGUCUUUGCUCAUAAAGGGUUGAACAUCACGCCACCCUUUCAUUUUUGUGCUCUAUACAGUUAAUGCAUUAGUAUUAAAUUAAGUGGACUAUAUCAGGAUGAAGUUUCCUGCUGUCAAUGCCGCUGAGCCAAUUGGAUAUCUGCCCCACUCUAAAUUGAACAUGGUAACACUUUUGCAAGAAGUGGAUUUUAAUGGACUGAUUUUGAACUUGCUCUAAAUCUCCACAACUCAAGUCAGUUGCACCGUCACUCAUAAGCUUUACAGACACGUAAGGUUGUCUUUUCUUCUGUAUUACAUUUCAUUAAGAUGUGAAUUGUGUGCCAGGUGCGGGAAAUAUAGUACUGUACGUCUUCUCCCUUGGAGAAUGAUUUCAAGCUGUGUCGUUUGCAUGGGUGUUGUAUUCAUUUGGAGCACAGUUCGGUUUACAUUAUAAAAGUUUCACCUGGUCGGCUCGCCUCACUGGUGUUGUAAAUGCGGGCAUUUUUACCGCCAUGAUAUUUUUUUAUAAGUAAUUAAUUUCCACACAAUAGGAAUGAUUUUCACACUUUAGUUGAUUGUCCACAUGACAAUCAAGGAAACAAGCUGCCAAGACGUGCAUGAGGAUUUCCAUUUAGCCAAAUUUGAAGGGGGGGAAAAAAGAAAAAAGGGAAAAUGAACUCAGCAAUAACACUUUGGCUCUCCUGUGGAAAUUUGGAACAGCUUUUCGAAUAGAUUUCCAAGUGUUUUUUUUUAACCCCCCCCCCCACACACACACUUUUGGAAUACUGAAUGCCAUGUAAAGGAUACAUAAUGCCAAUUAAAAUCCAAUUUCUGAAUGC